AUGUCUGCACCGCGGCUCGCGGCCGGAGGGACUGCUCUCCCGUACAGCAUUUCGGUUUCUGCAAGCACGACACCGAUACACUCGAUGUACUCGUCUCAUUUCAGCUCUUUGUCUCAAUACUCUCGCUCGUACUCUCAACCGGUCUUCUUAGGGAACACAACAGCUCCGCCGAUGAGUGUCCUGCCUGUCUCGAACUCUGUCCUGGUCGAAAUUUUGUUCCCCAUCUCGACUGCGACUUUCUUUGUUCACGCCUCUUCUGAGAGCCUGUCUUUGAGUUCUGGCCUGUCCUCAUCGUAUUCUUGUGACCUCGUCGACUGCUCGCUUCCAAAAUCUGCGGAGUUUAGAGAGCUCGAUGCUGAAUCCUGUCUUGCACAUCUUGAACGGGACCUCAAGAAACACCUGAAAGAUGUACAGGAUGGGCUGCCCUCGCAUGAAGCAGUCACUCGCUCUACGGUCAUCCGGCGUGUCAACCAUGUCACAGAUAUGCGCAUUGUCGAAGUCCAGCAGCAACGCUUGACAGCCUGGUCUUGUUCUGCUAUGGUGGACUAUAUGUCCUUUCCACCUGGAGCGAAACGGCAUGUUCCAUUCCCUUGUACGCCAGACAGGGCCAGAAAAUAUAGUCAUACAGCCAAGCCGGUUACUGCGGUCGACACUUCGGAUGACCCUACCCCUAAGAGUUCUUUUCAGGAACAAAACAGCACAGCACCAAAUCAUGUCACCGAGGAACGAAAGCGCUCAGUUUCCACAGCCAGUCGUUACCAACGCGAAGGGCCCUCCCGCUCAUCGUCUGCACGCCCAAAGAGCAUACCAGCGCACGGAUUCUCUCAGCCCCCUCCUAUGCAUUUGCAGAGCAUCUCCAACACUUACGAUGCCACGACGUCCAUGAUGUCUCACGGCAAAUACAGCUCUAGGAAUCGAAACUCGCAUAUGCGCUCGGAACAGCCUCACGCCGUCCAGCCUUCCGCAGCCAUCAAGCCUGGAUCUAUCUUUGGCAAAUUCUCUGCGAGAGCUUCAGGAAGAAGAAAUCUCUCUCUCGCAUCACCUGGUGAGCAGGAGAAUGCCGCGCCGGCAUCUUUGUCGCGACUAAGGUUCUUCAAGAAGCUGUGA